AUGGCAGAACAUCUGGCGUCCAUCUUCGGCACGGAGAAGGACAGGGUGAACUGUCCCUUCUACUUCAAGAUCGGCGCGUGCCGCCACGGCGAUCGCUGCUCGCGCCUUCACAACAGGCCGACCAUCAGUCCGACGCUUCUCCUGGCCAACAUGUACCAGCGGCCCGACAUGGCGACACCAGGCGGCGAGCCGGAUAAGACGAUGGAUCCGAAGAAGAUUCAGGAUCACUUCGAGGACUUUUACGAGGACCUGUUCGAGGAGCUCAGCAAGUACGGCGAGCUCAACAGCCUCAACGUCUGCGACAACCUCGCCGACCACAUGGUGGGCAACGUGUACGUCAACUUCCGCGAGGAGGAGCAGGCAGCCACGGCACUCAGAGCCCUCACCGGCCGAUUCUACGCAGGGCGGCCCAUUCUGGUGGACUUCUCGCCCGUCACCGACUUCCGCGAGGCCACGUGUCGCCAGUACGAGGAGAACACGUGCAACCGCGGCGGCUACUGCAACUUCAUGCAUCUAAAGAAGAUUAGCAGGGAGCUUCGACGAAAGCUUUUUGGAGACAGGAGGAGGAGCCGCAGCCGCAGCCCCCCUCGCGGCGGCGGGCGAUACGACCGUUACGACGAUCGUCGCGGCGGGGGUUACGGCCGCGGGGGCGGGUACGGCGGCGGAGGGCGGGGCCGCGACCGCUACGACGACCGCCGCUACGACGACCGGCGCCGCGGGCGGCGGUCGCGCAGCCGCAGCAGAAGCCCCGUGCGCGAGGGCAGCGCGGAACGGCGCGCGAAGAUCGAACAGUGGAACCGCGCGCGGGAGGAGCGCGACAGGCCGCCUGCUGGCGGAGGGGGAGGCGGAGGGUACGAGGGAGGGGAUCGCGGGGCCGGGGCUGACAGGGGCGGGUACCAGGGGGGAGGCGGGGGAGGGUACGAUGGGUACAACGGCGGGUAUGGGGGAGGCGGCGGGGGUGGCGGCGGCGGCAGGGGGGGUUACGAUGCGUAUGGUGCUGGCGCUGGUGGUGGUGGUGGUUACCAGGACGGAGCUCCUCCGCGCGACUAUGCUCCGCCAGUUGACGCGCGGGGGGGCUAUGGGCCUCCUCAAGGGGACUACAGGGGCGCGCCAGGGGGGUACGGGGGUUACCAGGAUGGCAGGGACGGCGGGUACGGCGCUGGUGGUGGUGGUGCACCUCCGGUGCUGCCUCCACAGCAGGUGAAGCAUGAGCAGCGCGAGUAUGAUGGGUAUGGAGCAGGAAGCGGCGGGGACAGGCGCGACUACCAUCCGCAGCAGUAUUAA